AUGUACGGGGGAGGCGGGGGUUAUGACGGAGCAAGUCAGUUUGGAGGUGGAGGAUUCCUCGGAAGCCAAAACGAUGGAGAUGCACGAUCACCUGCUCCAAAGAGUAUUGCAUCGAGGAAGGAAGGGCUCCGGGCUGUCACUCUUAAGCAGCUCAUCGAUGCAAACAAAGCAGAAAUCCACGACGAUGUGAACUCCUUUCACAACGUCACUUGUGUGGGGAAGAUCCUCAAUGUCCGGGAGAACAACAACAUUGUGGAAAUGACAAUAUUUGACGGCACUGGCACCUACACAGUGCACUACUACAGCAAUGACAUAGAUGAUUCGAUGGCACAGCGCAUUGCAGAGUGGCGGACUGGCGUGUAUGUGAGAGUGCAUGGCAAUGUCAGCGACUUUGAUGACAACUGGAGAAUCCUGGCCUACAACAUCAGAACAAUCACAGACUUCAACGAGGUGACGUACCACGGCCUGCAGGCCAUCUUCCAGCAUGCACACAUUGCCAAGGGCGCUCCUGGCAGUGGAGUUGCGCAGGCUCAAUCAGGGAUCGGCGGAGCGCCAGUGGCUCAGACCGGCGGUGCUGGAGGGACUGAGUUUGGUGGUGGCCCUGACGAGGUCGGCAAUGAUGGCCUGACCAAUAUCCAGCGCAAGGUUCUGUCUGUCUUUGAACAGCCGGCGCAUCUAGCAAGCAGCGAAGGCAUCACGGUUGAGCAGGUUUCAGCCCAGCUGCCAAACUUGACGCCCAAGCAAGUGCGCGACGCCGUGACAUUCCUGAUGGACAAUGCGAACAUCUACACGGUCUCUGAUGAGUACCACUACAAGUCCACCAAGUGUGACUGAGCAGGUUGUUCUUGUGCUGUAUCUAUGCUUGAACAGGGUAGAACCCCCCUCGAGAGCUGAAUAUUCUAGGAACUUGAACCAAAUAUUACAGGUGCAUGUGGGUGGGACGAUGAUGAUCCAUUGAACAACUGCUCCUCGAGAUUCCAUUGUGAUGCGCAUCUCAUGCUAUGCUAAGAAAUGAUUGCCGAGGUACAAUAAUCUAAUAGCAGUUCAUGUUGUCUAUAUCUGCUUC